AUGCAUUCGCUCAAACCUCAUAAAACAUUAUCGAUCUCAACUUCUGCUUAUGCAAAAGGAGUCACUAUUCAAAGCAAUGCAACUUUUUAUACUAGAAUUACCCUGCUUCUGAAAGUGUUCAAGUAUAAUGUUGCUGUUCAAACUGAUGAAAAUAUUGUUCCAUAUCACAAUAUUGAUCUAGACUCAGCAUUAGCAUCUUCUUUCUGUGUAGAUAAUUCCUUGAAAGCGUCUAAAGCAACGGAAUGUAUAACAGUUCAGACUGACGUUGUUCCCACUUCAUCACCUUCAAAAUUUGGUCAUCGUCCACCAACUUUUCAGGAGUGUUUAAUGGAAGCAGAAAUUUUGCGUAUGGAACAAGAGAAUCAACGCUUAAAUGCUCUGCUGGCGUAUACACGUGCUGAGAUGACACUGGAGAUGCAUCGUCGAAUAGCUGAAUUACGCAGAGUUUGGAGUUAUGAACUAAUGACUGUUGUAGAGUCAGCGGGUAGAAUAUGGGAAGAUGUUAUACAGAUUGUUGAUGCAGUGAAACGAUGUCAAUGGUGCGCUUAUUGUGGACGUAUAGCAUAUUACUAUUGUUGCUGGAAUACAUCGUAUUGCAAUAGGAAGUUGUUUCCUGUUGAACAAGCCACAAACGGAAUCAUUUUGUUAAUUUAUUUAAUUACUAUGUAA